GGGAAAGUUGGUUUUGCAACGUUAUAAGUUUAUGCUUUCCAUUAGGGUCUCACCCCCCAAGGUUUGAGAGAAACCACCUAUUUCAAUUUUCACCAAACCUCUUCCUCUAGAAACAUCAUCAACCUCUAUAUAAAGAUAAUUGGAAGAGAGAAGGGAGAAGGAGAAAGGGAAAAGAUCAUAAGAAGUGAUGUCAACAACUUCCCAUCCCAUUGUUCACCACAGCUUAUUCGAUGAGCAGGACCAGAUACCUACACAGAUGGGUUUCUUUUCCUUUCCAACAAACCUUACUUUCCCUCCUUUGGGCUGCCAUCAAUCCUCUUUGAAAGCCUUUAGUUCCAUAGCACCUUCUUCACUUGCUAUAUCUCAACAAGAUUCUGCAUCAAAUCUAACAGCAGAAACCCUAUUCUCAACCACUGCUCAAAAGUCAAGAGAAGACCUCACUUCUAGCUUUGGAGGAGGUCAAUUCCUAUCCUUGCAUAGAUCAAGUGUAAAUCCAUGGGCAUUGGGAGAAGUGGCUGAAUGCUUCAGCAGUAAAAGAAGUGGAUUUGAUGAUCAUCAUUUCCGAAUUUCAGCCAUGAAGAUGAAGAAAAUCAAGGCAAGAAGGAAGGUGAGAGAGCCUAGGUUUUGCUUCAAGACCAUGAGCGAUGUGGAUGUAUUGGACGAUGGCUACAAGUGGAGGAAGUACGGACAGAAAGUUGUGAAGAACACGCAGCACCCCAGCUAUUACCGUUGCACACAAGAUAAUUGUCGUGUAAAGAAACGCGUGGAACGCUUAGCCGAGGAUCCAAGGAUGGUGAUAACCACAUAUGAAGGGAGACAUGUUCACUCUCCAUCAAAUGAUCUCGAAGACUCUCAAACUCCAUCUCAACUUGAUAGCUUCUUAUUAUGGUAGAGACUACACCAACAUAUAUAAUAUUCAUGUAAAAUAUGUAUAUGUUCCUGAGGGUGUGCUUUGUUGAGAUGAAAACUGAAUAAGUAUAUAUAGAGGAAGGAGUCAAUGUAUUUAUAAAAUGCAUGAUAUAUAUUCUCCAUCCACUAUGUAUUCCCGCGUUUUCAUCACUUCCAAGCACACCAUGAGAGUGUCUUUGAUUUUUCUAGUUAUAUAUAUACCACGCAUUUGGUUUGUGUCUUGGUGUACGGAUUAAAACUAAUUAAGAAACUAGUGGCAUUUGUACGUUGCCCUAGUUUUAUAUAUUGGUUAGUCUUUGUUAGCAUAAACACUUUGUAAUUGAAAUAGAAUUGUUGGUAUUUUUUUUUUGGGUGAA